AUCCCUCCGCGUCUUCAAUUUCCCACUUCCCCCUCCUUUUGCACUCACAAGUCACAACCACUCCGCAUUCUGAUUGUUUGUCUUCAGGUCACGCCGUGGGCGAUCGCAAUCAUGGAGUUCAUCACCAGACAUCUCGAUUGCCUGUCCAACUGGCACCUUCAUCUCCAGCCGGGAUGGCAGACCGUCGGCGCCUCCCUGCUUCUGGGUGCUGGGAGCUUGUACCUCGUCUCCCGCGCCUUGCUCCUCGUUCGGGUCCUCUUGAGCUUGUUCGUGCUCCCUGGCAAGCCGGUAAGUCCGAUUCUCGAUUCCACCAAUGUAUCGUAGUGAAGGAAACUGACUCGUCUGGUGGUGCACAGCUCCGCUCCUUCGGGCCCAAGGGUAGCUGGGCCGUGGUGACCGGCGCCUCGGACGGACUGGGCAAGGAAUUCGCCCUGCAACUGGCCCGCGCCGACUUCAACCUCGUCCUCGUGUCCCGGACCGCCUCCAAGCUCGACGCCCUCCGCGACGAACUCCAGUCGAAGUACCCCGCCGUGCAGACGCGGACCCUGGCGAUGGACUUUGCCCGCAACCAGGACAGCGACUACGACCAACUCAGAGCGAUUGUGGCGGGGCUGGACGUGGCGGUGCUGGUCAACAACGUCGGCAAGAGCCACAACAUCCCGACCCCCUUCGCGCUGACCCCGGAGGACGAGCUGGCCGACAUCGUGACCAUCAACUGCAUGGGGACCCUGCGGGCGACCCAGCUGGUCGUGCCGGGCAUGAUCCAGCGGAAGCGCGGGCUGGUCCUGACCAUGGGCUCCUUCGGCGGCCUGCUCCCGACCCCGCUCCUGGCCACCUACUCCGGCAGCAAGGCCUUCCUGCAGCAGUGGUCGACCUCGCUGGGCGCCGAGCUCGAGCCCCACGGCAUCACCGUCGAGCUGGUCCAGGCCUACUUGAUUACCUCGGCCAUGUCGAAGAUCCGCCGCACCAGCGCCACGAUCCCCGACCCGCGCUCGUUCGUCAAGGCGGUGCUCUCCAAGAUCGGCCGCAACGGCGGCUCCCCCAGCUACGCGUACAGCUCCUCGCCCUACUGGAGCCACGGCCUGAUGGCCUACUUUUUGACUUGCAUCACCGGCACCAUGGGCAAGUUCGUGGUGGGCCAGAACAAGGGGAUGCACGAGGCGAUCCGCAAGCGCGCGCUGCGCAAGGCCGAGCGGGAGAAGGGGAAGAAGAGCACCUAAACGGUGGGGGAGGGGGGAUCCUUUCUAUUCUUAGAGCCGAUCCCGCACGACCACGUGGGAGUGACUCAGGGAGGGAAGCGCGAGGGGAAGUGGCUCAUGG